AUGUGCCCCAACGCGUCAACGCCGGCGACCGGCGACGCCGACGCCGACACAGGCGCCACUGUUCUUGCAAAGCUUCAUGCAUCGCGAGCUUCCAUCGUCUCGGUGCUUUCAGCCGCGGCCGAGGCUGAGGUCGAAAUCGACGCCAUCGGUGACCGCCUCGACGAGCUCCUGUCCAGCGCCUCGCCGUCGUCCUCCCACAACCUCCAGUCCCAAGCCGUGGCGGCACGCGCGCUGAGCGCGCGCAUCGACCGCGCCGUCGCGCCGGCCGAGCCCCUCCUCGCGGCGUUCCGCCGCGUGUCCGCGCUCGCCGAGGAUGCCGUACCACCCGCGAACCCGAGCGACGCCGAGAGCGCGGUCGCGUUCGUCGACCGUGUGGACCAGCUGCGGGACGCCAUCGAGGAGGUGGUGGCGCGUGGCGAAGAGGCCGUCCGGAGGGUGGAGGAGGCGGUCGGCUUCCUGGGCCGGACCAAGGCGGCCGGACGAGGCCGCGUCCGGAGGCUGACCGAGGCCGCCGCGGCGCUGCGCGCGGUGUACGAGACGGAAGCCGAGGAGAUGCGCUUCGAGGGCCCGCUCGACGAUGCUCUCCUCGGCCUCCAGGAGCUCUUCGAGGCGCUGCUCCUCAGGCUGAAGCACCCGGCGCCCGUGGACGACGACGUCGCCGGCGCCGAGGGAGGCACGGCCGGGUACGAGCUGGGCACUGACGACCAGGUGGAGGCCGCGGCAAGGAUGGCCAGGACGCUCGCCGGCAACGACUGCUUGGAUAUCUGCCUCGACAUCUACGUCACGACGAGGUACAGGAGAGCGGCCAAGGCGAUGAUGCGGCUCAACCCGGCGUACCUCAAGUCGUACACGCCGGAGGAGAUCGACGCCAUGGAGUGGGAGUCGCUGGAGUCGGCCAUGGCGCUAUGGAGCCCGCAUUUCCACGUGGCUAUCGCCUCCGUGCUCGUCGCGGAGCGCCGGCUCUGCGCGCGCGUGCUUGAGCCCCUGCCGCCGGCGGUCUGGCCCGAGUGCUUCGCCAAGAUCGCCGCCCGCAUCGUCGCGGCGUUCUUCCGCUUCGCGGACGGCGUGGCCGCCGCGGCGCGCGAGCCGCAGAAGCUGUUCAAGCUGCUCGACAUGCUCGACGCGGUGGUCCGGGAGAGGGAGCGCCUGGACGAGCUCUUCUCCAGCGAGUCGGCCACGCUGGUCGCCAUCCGCGAGCGCACGCGCGAGGUGGAGCGCGCGCUGGCGCGCGCCGCGGCCGGCGUGUUCUUCGAGUUCGGUCUCCGCAUCGAGACGCUCUACGUCACCGGCGCCGGCGCUGACGCCGGGCACGUGCCCAAGAUCGUGCGGUACGCCGUGAACUACCUCAAGUGCCUCGCGUCCGACGACUACCGCGCGCUCAUGGACACCGCACUGCGCGCGGAUCUGGAACGCGGCGACGAGGAAGAGAACACGGGCGAGGGCGGCAACCGCGCCCCGCUCAACGAGGCGGCGGCGAGCGUGCUGGAGGCGCUGCACCGGCACGUCGAGGCGGCGCGCCGGGUGUGCCCGGACACGGUGGCGUCGCACGUCCUGGCCAUGAACGCUUACUGGUACAUCUACAUGCGUUCCCGGGGCUCGGAGCUGGCGAAGCUGGUGGGCGAGGACACCAUGCGGCGCCGGUACAAGGCGGCGGCCGAGGAGGCGGCGUGGGAGUACCAGGACGCGGUGUGGACCCCGCUGGUCCGUCUCGUCAGCGGCAGCAGCUCCGGGGCGCCCAAGACCUGGCCGCCGGACGACGCACGGGAGAAGGCGGUGGCGUUCGCUGACAAGCUCGAGGAGCGGGUGAGGCGGCACGGGGCCGAGUACAAGAUACCAGACGGCGACCUCCGGGGACAGAUCAAGGUCGCGGCGGCCAAGGCGGUGCGCGGCGCGUACGCCGGGUUCUUGAAGGCCAACGACAAGGCCCUGGCUGGCGGCCGGAAGCAACUGCUGCCGCUGGACAUCAUCGAGGGAAUGGUCGGGCGAGUGUUCGACGAAAUGAGCGAUGGAGCCGCCGGCAACGUCGGCCGGGCGAGGAGCCGGCGGGAGUCGAGGAGCAGCGGCAAUCUGGAGGGCUUCUUCGCCGUCUAA